AUGUCCUCCAACCAAUACCCCAUCGCGGAUCCUCCUACAGAUGCUAUCUCAGCCAUUCGCUUCUCACCACAGCCAGACUCGGUCAAAUUCGUAUCAUCAUCGUGGGACAAGCAUGUCUACCUCUAUGAAUUGACGGACGGCAAAUUCUGCACCAAGCUGAAGAAGUUCGAGCACCGUGCCCCAGUCCUUGAUGUUUGCUUCGGUCAGGAUGACAAUACCAUAUUCACAGCAUGUCUCGACCAAAGUGUGAGAAGAAUCGAUACCGCCACUGGUCAGCAGACUAUCCUGAGCACACACGAGAAGGGCGUCAAGUCGGUUGUGUAUUGUAAAGAGUAUGACCUGGUCAUCUCAGCCGCUUGGGACUCAACGAUGCACCUACAUCCUGGAACGCCUACAACCUGGGAAACUGCAACCAUCGUACUGCCCGCCAAACCAUUCUCACUCGCUCUGUCUCCCUCGAAACUGGUGGUCGCCAUGGCCGCAAGAGCCGUCAACAUCUACGAGCUAAAGACCUUAGCGCACGAAUGCCAAAGCCUGGAAGAUCCCUCACAAGCGGUUCUGAAGACCGAAGCAUGGCAACGCAGAGAAAGCAGUCUGAAAUUUAUGACCCGAACGGUCGACUGCAUGCCCAACGACGAAGGGUAUGCCACAUCCAGCAUUGAGGGUCGCGUGGCUGUGGAGUGGUUCGACCCUUCCACCGAGUCACAAGCUCGCAAGUAUGCCUUCAAGUGCCAUCGGCAACCCAUCGAGGAAGUUGAUGUCGUCUAUCCGGUCAACGCAAUCGCGUUCCACCCCAUCCACGGCACUUUUGCAACAGGAGGCGGUGAUGGUGUGGUUGCUAUCUGGGAUGCUGUUGCCAAACGCAGAAUCCGUAUCUACCCUAAGCUUGCGGCUAGCGUAGCCUCACUGUCGUUCAGCUCUAACGGCAAGUUCUUGGCCAUCGCGGUUUGCCCCGAAUUGGAAGAAGGUAUGGACGACCUCCCUGCAGAACCAGUGAGUAUCAUGAUUCGCGAGCUCGGCGAGAACGAGGUGAAGCGUAAGGCCGCAAAGUGA